AUCAACUGUCAACUCAAGUUGCUGCUCUGUAUAAUGAAAUCUGCCUCGGCGUUUCAGUGCAGACUCAAGACGUCCUACGGCUGCUGUGCAAAAAUAAUGUGAAUAAACCUGCCACGAGAAAUCAAGAGAAUCAGAAUAAGAUGGACAUCCAGGAUCAGGAUGCCACAGCCAGAUGGGAGGCUCUGGGCAGCCGUGACGCGAGAUCCAGAGGCACAGCAAUGGAGCACAUCAGCCAGGAGGUGAUGCGGAGAGUGGAGAGUAUAGGGCCGAUACCAGCCACCGUCCCCUCGCCUCUAGCUACUGCAGGGCACCCCACCAGCGACCUGAACGACAUCCUGGCCCGUCUACUCAUGCUGUCCAAGCGGUGCCCUUUCGAUGACGUCAGAGAGCGAUGUGUUUGGCUGCUGCAGAAUGUUGAGGACUUUGGAGUUCGAAUCCCAAGACCCCUGGGAAAUGGACCAAGUAGAUUUAUCCCUGAAAAAGAGAUCCUUCAAGUCAGUAAAGUAGACCCCAGGACACAAUCGAUAUUUGAGGACGCAUUCGCAGCACUGGGUCGCCUUGACAACAUCUCUUUGGUGAUGGGCUUCCACCCACAGUACCUGGAGAGCUUUCUGAGAACACAGCACUACCUGCUGCAGAUGGACGGGCCCUUAUCCCUGCACUACCGCCACUACAUAGGCAUCAUGGCUGCAGCAAGACACCAGUGCUCCUACCUGGUCAACCUGCACGUCAACGACUUCCUCCAGGUGGGAGGGGACUCCAAGUGGCUGAAAGGCCUGGACGGAGCCCCACAGAAGCUGCAGGCCCUCGGGGAGCUCAACAAGAUCCUGGCCCACCGGCCCUGGCUUCUCACCAAGGCACACAUCGAGCACCUGCUGAAGGCUGAAGAAUACAGCUGGUCCCUAGCUGAGCUGAUCCAUGCUGUGGUGCUCCUCACACACUACCACUCCCUGGCCUCCUUUACCUUCGGCUGUGGCAUCACCCCCGAGAUCCACAGUGACGGGGGGCACACCUUCAGACCCCCCUCCCUCAGCCAGUACUGCGUCUGCGACAUUGCCAAUGGCAACGGGCACGGCCACCUGGAGGAGAGGAGAGGCAACCACCAGGUGUCGGAGGUGUCUGGUGAGGUGGAGGUGCUGAUGGAGAGGAUGAAGCAGCUGCAGGAGUGUCGUGAUGAGGAGGAAGCCAGUCAGGAGGAGAUGGCCACACGCUUUGAGAGGGAGAAGACCGAGAGCAUGCUGGUGGCCACGGCAGAGGACGAGGAGUGUGUGCCAUCCAGAGACGUAUCCAGGCACUUUGAAGACCCCAGCUACGGCUACAAGGACUUCUCCAGGAGAGGAGAACAUGUACCCACCUUCAGAGUGCAGGACUACAGUUGGGAGGACCACGGCUACUCCCUGGUGAACCGUCUGUACCCUGACGUUGGUCAGCUGCUGGAUGAGAAGUUCCAGAUGGCCUACAACCUGACCUACAACACCAUGGCCAUGCACAAAGACGUGGACACCACCAUGCUGCGCAGGGCUAUCUGGAACUACAUCCACUGCAUGUUCGGCAUCAGGUAUGAUGACUAUGACUACGGAGAGAUUAACCAGCUGUUGGACCGCAGCUUUAAGGUCUACAUUAAGACCAUGGUGUGCAGCCCGGAGAAGACCACCAAACGAAUGUACGAGAGCUUCUGGAGACAGUUCCAGCACUCCGAGAAGGUCCAUGUCAAUCUGCUUCUUAUGGAAGCGCGCAUGCAGGCAGAACUGCUCUACGCUCUGAGAGCGAUCACCCGCUACAUGACAUGAAGUGCUUUUGGCGUUUAUCAUUGUUUUUUUGCUGUCAUUGUCUUUGCUCUCGUGGGACACUUCAGAAGAAAUAAACCAAGGGGGAAAACAGAAAACUAAAAAGAUGAAAGGUGCCCCGUCCGUCGCGACGAAGCUCGUCCUCGUGAUGUGGAAAGAAAAUCGAACAGAACAAAUGAAAGAGAGAACAAAAAAAAGCAAAUGAAAGAAGAAAAAAAAGAACUGCAAAAAGAAAAGUCAUCUCAACCCACUUGUGGAAAGAUAAGCUGUCCUCUUUACCCGCAGUGCCAAAGCUCACCAUGAGGGGGCAACCUGGAGCAGACACUCUGCUGGGCCAGAGGAAAAGAAACAGAUGGCACAGGCCACCCUUCCAGUAUUCCAAUACACCUCAGUGGAUGAUGUCAAUAGAAUCUCCGUAUAGUGUGUGAACCCACAGCAAAUCUCCAGAAAGCAAAGCAGUGCACCAGUCUGCACUUGAUAAUGUAGUCACUGUUUUUUGUUGAAUAUAUUUUGCUUUAGUUUUUUUGUAUUAAGAGAAGUUGUUAUCAUCAUGUGGUUGAUGUUGUUAUUGCGGUAACUGGAGAUGAUGGAAGCAUUAUUUGGCCUGUGUGUUGGUGUGCCUGGUUGUCAUACAGCACAGUAUAGUGUGUAGAGGUGCUGCCUGAUACUGCUGCUCAUGUAAGCAAGGGGUCAUAUUGACCCCCCCCCCCCAUCCUCCCCCCACCCCUAAGAACCCUAUCCAUCAUAAACCCACAGCAUUACCCCCCCUUCCCCAAUACCCCCCACCCUGAAACUGUUUGUGUAAGCUAACCCAAGAAGUGUGUGAAAAACGGUGAGGUGAGGGAAAAACUAAAAAAGAACACUGUCUGAGCCCUAUUUAGUUUUACUGUACGUAUGAUGAACCCCUUCUGUAUGAGAGACUGAUGUCUGUGACAUAUCAUGUGUGGAUGUGUGUGUGUAACUCCAUGUGUUUUACAGAAAAUAUCAAGAAAAAAAGUGUGUUGAAAUUUCAAGCAACAAAAAAGCAGGAAGACAGCGAGGUAAUUUGAAAGGUGAAACGUCUUGCCCCUGCUGUAGCUCUUUCCGUGUGGUGACUCUUACAUUUCUUUGUUUCUGGUAAAAAGCUUUGUCCUGUAAGAAAAAGAACAUGAAAGCUAAAACAAAGUGGUCUUCCAGGGGAUUGGCUUCCGGUUGUCAUAACAAUGACCUCACCUGUCUGUCUUCCGCUCACCCUCGACCUUUGACCCGGCCCUGGGCAUCCUAACACUUUCAAAGCUUUGGGUAUUGUGAAUUGUACCAGUAAAUAAAUACCUCUUCUGUUUUC